AUGGCUCGGAAAAAAAAGUUAAAUACUGUAGAUUUUUCGGCUAAUGGAUCAACGUCUUGUAUGCCAUCAUCAUCAAAUAAUUCAAUACAUGAUGCUUCUACUUUUGAUGCCUUACAUAGUGAUACUCAAGAUUCUCAACCACUUAAAAGAGUACGCGGACCCACUACUCUACCUGAUGUAUGGGCUUUACCAAGUGAUAAAAGAAUUACAGUAUCAUUCAAUCAUUUGAACCAACCUACUGGACAAGAAGGAUGCACAUUGGGUUUUUUCUUAGGUACACUCGUGCGAAAUGCAGAAAUAACUCCAUUGUUAUAUAAUGACUGGAGAUGCUUUCCCAAAGAAUUGAAAGACCAUCUAAUAAAAUUGGUCAAGAAUAGGUUUGAUUUACCUCAAAUGGCUGAAAUUUGGGUACUAAAAUCGUUGGGAAGGUCAUUGAAAGGUUAUCGAUCUGAUUUGAAAGCACGAUAUUUUGGAAAAUAUCCGUUGAAAGAAGAUUUGUUAAAGAAUAGGCCAGUUGGGAUUCCAAAUGUACAAUGGAAUUUCCUUGUCAAUUUUUGGUACUCAGAUAAGAACAUGAGAAAUAGUUCAAUCAACAAAAGAUGUCGAGAGAAACAGAAGAUGCCGCAUACAUCUGGAUCUAAAAGUUUUGCUCGUGUUGCUUCUGAAAUGGCAAGCGCUGGACUGGAGCACUCAAGAGCUCAUGUAUUUCUCGAAACACAUAAAGCUCGUAAAGAUGGAAGACCUUUAGAUGACAAUUCAUCUCGAGCUACGGAAUCAAUUAAAAACAAGUUAAUCCAAACACCUUCUGAGGGACAAGACAUAAGAGCUUUUCAUAGCGAUAUAUACUCACAAGUGAUUGGUCCUGAUACAUAUGGACGUGUGAGAGGAUUGGGUCUUCAAGCGUAUCCAAAAUCUUUAAGGACUGUUGACUUUUCUGUGGAUGGUAGAACAAAGGUUGAUGAGAUUAAUGAUAUAAAACAAGAAUUGAAAAGGAUGGUUGCUAACCAAGAAAAGAUGCAAGCACAAAUAAAUAAGUUAGAAUCUUUGUUGGUUGACAAGGGAGCUGUCGAGACAUCUUCCACUUUAUGCGAAAAUGAAUCUACUUAA